AUGGGGAGACGGUUCACCAUUUCCCUUCACACGCAGUUUCGGGCAGCUCCGUCCAGCUCUGUCCGCGCCUCCGGCAUCGGCGGGCGAACAGGGAUUUCUUGCGAAUGGGGAUUUCUUGCAUACCCAAAGGCAAGGCCCGAGGGGACCCCUUUCGAGGACGGAACUUUCAAACUUACAAUAGAAUUCACAGAAGAAUAUCCGAAUAAGCCACCUACUGUUAGAUUUGUCUCUAAAAUGUUUCAUCCAAAUGUCUAUGCAGAUGGUAGUAUAUGUCUGGAUAUUCUUCAGAAUCGUUGGAGUCCUACUUACGAUGUCUCCUCCAUCUUAACAUCCAUACAGUCUCUAUUGGAUGAGCCAAAUCCUAACAGUCCAGCAAACAGCCAGGCAGCUCAGCUAUACCAGGAGAAUAAGCGGGAAUAUGAAAAACGGGUUUCUGCAAUAGUAGAACAGAGCUGGCGUGACUGUUGACCCAGGAUGAUGCAAAUGAACACUCUGUUGACGAGGAAAAUAAACAAAGUGUCUCAGUCAUCUUUUUCCUCCUAG